AUGAAGGUGAGCGGCCGGUCGACAAUUCAGAUGAGUCAGACGCCGAAACGGAGGUUUUCGUUACGGAUGAUGCGAGCUGGAGAAAGGUUGCUGAGGUCUUUGGAAAUAUCCCUAGUGAGUCGCGACUCUCGACGACCGGCGAUGUUCGCCGUUCCUCCCGCAAAUCCGAAAGCUGGCGGGCUGAUGAAGGCGAUCGCCGUUCAAUCAGACGCUCUCAGCUGCCGGAUGAUGAAGGUGAUGUUCGACGAUCAUUUGCCGCCCGCAAGUCAGAGAGCUCGAGACCUGAUGAAGGCGAUCGCCGUUCGAUCAGACGCUCUCAGUUCCAGGAUGAUGAAGGUGAUGUUCGACGAUCGUUUGCCGCCCGCAAAUCAGAGAGCUCGAGACCUGAUGAAGGCGAUCGACAUUCGAUCAGACGCUCACAAUUCCAAGGCCGAGAUGAUGAAGGUGACCUUCGCCGAUCGAUUGCCCGCAAGUCAGAAAGUCCGCGGCCUGACGAAGGCGAUCGGUAUUCGAUCAGACGCUCGCAGUUCCAAGACCGAGAUGAUGAAGGUGACCUUCGCCGAUCGAUUGCCCGCAAGUCCCAAAGCCCGAGGCCCGACGAAGGCGAUCGGUAUUCGAUCAGACGCUCGCAGUUCCAAGACCGAGAUGAUGAAGGUGACCUUCGCCGAUCGAUUGCCCGCAAGUCCCAAAGCCCGAGGCCCGACGAAGGCGAUCGGUAUUCGAUCAGACGCUCGCAGUUCCAAGACCGAGAUGAUGAAGGUGACCUUCGCCGAUCGAUUGCCCGCAAGUCUCAAAGUCCGAGGCCCGACGAAGGUGACCUUCGCCGAUCGAUUGCCCGCAAGUCACAAAGCCCGAGGCCCGACGAAGGAUGGGAAUGUUAACGGGACGUGUUGCAAUGCACCCGAAUUCCAGCUGUACGUGCCUGAAAGCCCGGACUUCAUGCCGGCUGCCAAGACUAUGCAAAAGUGCACCGAGAUGUUAGCAUUAACUCGGCAUGGCCGAGACGUGCUCAGUGACGUGCGCGCUUCCUUGGCCCGGCACUCACAGCUCAGUGAAGGCAACCCUUACCCCGACGGCCGCUACGAGGAUGAAGGUUCGGCGCGGUACUCGCUUUCUGGGCGCAAAUCAGAAGGCUACAACGCGGACGGUGCAGGUGAUUCUCGCCGCUCCACGUAUCAGAAAUCUGCAAGCUUGAGGCCUGACGGAGGUGACGUGCGUGCUUCCUUGGCCCGGCACUCACAGCUCGGUGAAGGCACGCCUUACCGCGGCAGCCGCUACGAGGAUGAAGGUUCGGCGCGGUACUCGCUUUCUGGGCGCAAAUCAGAAGGCUACAACGCGGACGGUGCAGGCAGGCGAGAUUCGCGGCGCAGCUCGAGGCUACCUGAAGGUUCUGAGCAGCGCAUGUUGUCUCAGCCACCGGCGUCGCCGGACUCCUCCGAGUCGGAGCUCUUCACUGGAGCUGGCCAGGAUGGCUUUCAAAGGAAAUCGGAGGUCAUCCGUCCUCCUGAGCGACCGGUCGAACUUACAUUGGUACUCGAUGCUGACAACGUUGACCAGAUGAAAUCCAUCGUCUGGAAAUUCACGGAGCAAGGGGCGUGCGUGAAGGCUCUCAGCAAGCACUGUCCCAAGGCGACGCCAGAAGAUAUUCGUGCGGGCGAUGUUUUGCUGUUUAUCAACGACGAGCUUGUUCUUGACAAAGAAAAGCAUGUUACUCAGAUGAUUUGGAAGGAUGAGCAGCUGGAGAAUCAAUUCCUCACCCUGCGUUUUCGGGCCUGGGGAUGA